AGCACAAUUACGUCCUAUGUAUUAUGUAAUACCCUACUUUUAUAUUCUCUUCAAAACAAUAUAGCAUUACUAAUCUCUCCGGACAACUUUCUCUUAACUCCGGACGAGAAGCUAGGUGUGUUAGGUUAGUAUCUGACCUGGCAGAGGGAGGACUCUCGUAUGAAGCCGUUCCAGCCGCUGUCAACAACCUUCGGCGCUUAUGGUUGGCCCGGGCUAGACCGCAUAGCCGCGAAUAGUCACAUCGUGCGUCCUCUAGCUGGCGAGUUGAAAGCAUAGCACACCUCAGAGGGUAUAGACUGGAAGAACCAUGUCUAGUAGCACAGCCCUCUCUAUACUCAAGGUCCCGAUAGGGCUUAUACGGCGUGUAUUAGAACAGCUGAGAUUGGUCAGUCAGUCCACUUCACACAUUUUAUAGCUAGGUAUAUCUACCAGUUAUCUCUACAUAUUCACGUUAAGCUGUGAAAUACAUACUAUUUCUUCUACCUACCUACCUACCUACCUAUCUUUCCGUUCAUCUAUGUAGUAUAGCUAUGCGACAACUUGUUUUACUAUAGUUCGUCAGACAAACAUAUACAUACAUAGAUACGGUAGACACGCACAUACAUAACUAACACCACCUCCUCAGCUCUUCUUCCCAAGAAGCAUGGACACGGCCAACCUCACCGCAGCAUGGCUCUCGUUCGCCGUAACGACAGUCGGGCUCGGCGGGCUGAUCUCCCAAGCCAGCGCCAUCAACGACCAGCUGGACCCGUUCCACACGAACCGCACCGCCGAGUACCUCGGGAUAUGGUUCCAGCGGCAACUGCGGUUCCCAUGGUGGUGCAUCACCAAGCCGCCGCCCCUCGGCCCCGCCAUCGCCGCGCGCAUGUCCGACGGCUUCUGCGGCGUCAACGUCCUGCACGUGACGCGCAUUCCCGUCGCGACGCCCGGCAAGGCGGGCUGGUCGACCAUCUUGGCCAUGUUUAACCACGAUCCGCCGUCGCUGCGUGCGGUCGUCGCCGCUGGGGGAGAUGUGGGCGCGGCUGAGAAGGGGGGUGCGAGAACGUCGACGGCGACGCUGGAGAGCGGUGGUGGUGGGAGGGAGUUGGCUGGUGCGCCGGUGCGUAGUGCUAGUUGGUCGCAUGUUGCGCGGAAGUCUCUCAAGAGGCAUCAGUCGCAUGCUUGCAUCGUCAUAUCGCGGACUACGCUUGUUACGAUGCUCGUUGUGACUAAUGGCCGUCCGGUGUUCCAGUAUAGCGACGCUUCUGGGUUUCGGGCUGGCUAUGCUUCGUACUGUGGGCAGUGGUACAUCACCUGGCCCAUCGGACAAGAAGCCAUCGUCAAAUUCGCCGCACACGACUCCAUCGGCGCAACAGAAGUCCUCCCUCGGAGCUUUAUGCAACGAGUUGACCGCUGUGGACAGAUGAUAUCCGGCGUCGUAUCGUCGCCAACGUCCGACUUCGCCGUCGGUUUCAGCGGUCGGAAGCCCAGCGGCACCUACCGGCUCGAACACUCGCCCAAGGGGUUCCAAGGCGCCCACUCCGGCCGACACUUAUACAACAUGCUCGGCGGCCGCGCCUUCGACGUCGAUUUCCUCUACGCGCGACCUAGCAGCACUACGCACACGGGAGAUGGCGAAAUCCAGCUAGACCUACCGAGCAAAGACACCGGCGACCGUACCGUCACCAUGAUCAUCCCUCCCGCCGAACAAGACGUCAUAAAGCGUGCCCUCGACAGCCUGCCCUGGACAUGUCUAUCCUGGAGCAUGCACCGCGGGCUCCGGGACAUCCUCCUAGCCUACGGGAAAUCGACCAUGGACCACUACCGCAAGACUCUAGCCUCGCUUCUGCAGGAGACAGUUACGCAACGACCCGAGGUCUUCCGCUCUCGGGGCUGGGACCCGGAGUUUGUGCGCAGCAGCAUGGGGCCCAUGGCGGCGUCGGCGGUGCUCUCGGGGGGCGGUAACUCGGGGGACUCGGUGCGCGUGGUAACCGACAUCGCGGCGGUAUACGCGGGCGAGAGCUGGGGUUUCGAGAAGCUAGACGAGGUGAAUUUCUGGCGGCUAAGGAAACGGUCGGGUUUUCCUGAGACCCUGGACCUGGACGCUGAAGCUGUUGUGGCGCUUACCAAGUUCUUCGUGCUGGAGUGGAGCCAGGAGUUCGAUUAUCAGCUGUACCAUCACCUCCCGAUAUCUCUAUACUUCGGGUAAGCAUCUGCGGGAAAAAUAGAUGGAUGGGUGGAUGGAUGGGUUAGGCGUUGAUGAAUGGCUGGCUGGUCAUCUUCUGGAAACUCUUAAUGAAGCUACGAGGUCGUAUAAUGACGAAUAUGAUGGGAUGUUUUAUACGGGUUGAACAUGCUAAGUACCUAGAUACCACCUACUAAGUUCAAAAUUUCACUAUUUACCUAGACCCUCAGUAGAAAAUGGGUAGACAGAGGAUGAAAUCGCGGU